GUUGGUAGUGUGGGGUUAACCUGCUAGUCGCCUUCGGGCAUCACUCACGGCCAAGUCGCGCUCAGACAAAGACGGGCAGGAUGGUGACCGAGUUCUUACGGUCAUGCCUACCUCAUCAAUAAACGUCAGAGAGAGAACUGCCUUUCCUCGACCCUACGAUGAUGGGUGUGAUCAGUAAAACAGAUCACCUGAGAGCCAAUUGAUGCCCAGCCGGUGCGGCUACAGUAAGAACUCGGCCUACAAGCAAGAAAUUGGCUCCAUGUGAAACCGCAGCAAGAGUGAGUCACAGGACGAGGGGACGCUGACGUAAGCCUAAAGGUUGACCUCAGAGGCCCCGGGGUCAGCUCUACCCUUGACGACAACCACUCCCUUCUACCCACUGUGCCUCGCCACCAUUUUGUAGAACCCAUGGUCACAGGCAAGAAAGUAUAAUAGUAUGUAUGUGCACUGAAUUGAGUAGCCUAAGUGAAAAUUACCCACAAUUAGCUAGUAUUAAGAGUGGUAAUUUUAAAUUGCUCUUUCAGUGUCUCAGUAUUGACACAAUUAAGUUGUUAGAUAUGUCUGAUACUGAGGAAAUUAAUGCCGUAGAUGGCCUUAGGGAAGGUGAGGGUGAGCAAGUGGACAGGGAUCAAACUUGUAUUGAAGAAGUUAGUGUCAGGGAGCGAGUGCCAACCGAUAAAGGAAGAGAAUAUCAAGUCAGUGUAACCAAAGGAAGAGCAGAGUCCUGUAAGCGUAAAUGGAGCAGUGUUACCAGCAAAAUUAAGAAAGGAUUAAAAAUUGUAAUUAGCCCCUUUGAAUUAGAGCCCAUGUCAAGUGAAGUAAUAGAGGCAUUUCAGCAGUAUUAUGUGGAAUACACAAAGCUGGUGGAACUAGAGCCAGAAAGGUCAGAGGAGCUAACUGAAGAGCUGGAACACAAUCAACAAGUUCACCAUGAAAUAUUAGAAAGUAUAGAAUGUAAAAGAAAGGAGUUAAAGAAUGACAGAGGAUCAAUUUGUUCUAGCAAACGGUCUAGACAUUCUAGAGUCUCAUCUACUUCAUCACGUUCAUCAGCAGCACAAAGAAAGCAAGAAGCAGCAGCAAAGGUAGCCAGACUUAGAAAGGAAAUGGAAUAUCAUGAUAGUUUAGCAGAGGCAGAAGUUAUGUUAGCUAAGACAAAAGCAGAGGCAGAAGCAAUGUUCUCAAAGAAAAAGAAAGAGAGAGAUUUAGCAGUUGCUAGUGCAGAACUUAAUGCUCUUAGCUUAGUUGAAGAAGAAGUAAAAAUGUUUCCAGGUAAUGAUGAAAGUGUAGAGAAGCAAAGUUAUCUUCAACAAUACAUAGAGUCACAAAAUGAAAUGAAAGCACAAGCAAUUGCAAAUCAACAAAGUGACAAUGCCAUGCCUCACAAAUAUGUUACAUUCCAUGACCCACAGAAACCUUCUUCUUGCAAUAGAGAUAAUGAAUUGAUGACAAAUGAAGUAGAUGGACAAAUAUUUAGUGAACCUCAGGUAAUAAAUCUCAACCCUACAGCUCAAAGUCUUGUACCAAGCUCUCGUAGACACACUCAUAAUGUCAACAUGCCUAAUAAUGUGAAUAAUGUGAGACAGAAUCAUCAAUCCUUUUCCCAUCCUGGGGGAACCUUUGCAAUCAACAUACCUGAUCCCAAGUGGAGCCUCCCUCCAAUAGAGCCUAACACUUUUGAUGGAGAACCCAUGGAAUUUCCAAGUUGGUUGAAAAACUUUGAAACUUAUGUAGAGUCUAAAACUUCUGUUGGUAAAGAGAGACUUGCCUACUUAGAGAGGUAUACAACUGGUGAGGCAAAGAAUGCCAUUAAAAUGUUAAUGCACUUUAACUCUGAUGCUGACUAUGUGCAAGCAAAGAAAAUUCUUAGUGAUAGAUUUGGAAACAAAAGCAUCAUAGCUGAUGCUUACACAAAUAAGUUAAUGAAUUGGCUACCAAUCUCUCCGCAUAAUGGUCCAGCAUUAACAGCUUUCUCAGAUUUUUUGAAGUGCUGUUUAGCUGCAAUGAAACACACUUCUUAUUUGUCAUUUCUGAAUGACCCUAGAGAGCAGAGAAAGGUGCUAGCAAAACUCCCUGAACAUGUUGUUCAUGACUGGAGAAAGCAAGCGAUGAUAUAUCUUGAUACUAACAGUAAUAACACUUCUAGUAGCAAUGAAGAGCACCACCCACCCUUUGAAAUGUUAUGUGAAUUUGUCCAGAACGAAGCAAAAGGAGCAAGCAAUCCAUUUCUUUCCUGGAAUUCAGUAAGUAGGGAAGUAAAUGACUGGAUCAAAACUCAAACAUGGGCAACCAAUUGGAAACCAAGGGAAUCAAACAUCAUGACAAAGAAUAGAGGGAGUAGAACUUUCAUGGCUAAAGCAAUUGAGGAAAAACCAAUGUGGUCAUUCCAAAGUAAAGUAAAUGUACAAGCCAACAAACAGUAUCCCAAGGACCUGGAAAGGAAAGGACGAUUCUGUCACUACUGUACAAAGGAUCAUGAUUUAGAUGAUUGCAAGGAAUUUGCCAAACUUGAUGGUAAUACUAGGUACAAAUUUGCUAAAGAAAAACGGUUAUGUACAGGGUGUCUAAAAAUGGGUCACAAAGGAAAGGAUUGCAGAAGAAGGAAAGUUUGUAAAGUAUGUCAGAGAUACCAUCCCACAGCUCUUCACACUGAUGACAUGACAAGAACUGAGAGCCAAAAGGUGCCAGCACAAGCAACUCAGCCUAAAGAUGAUAAACCCACAGUAGUAGCCAAUAAGGUCAAAGUUACAGAAUCAGUGACACAUGACAUGCACACCAUGAUAGUUCCUGUAUGGUUACAUCAUGUUAGUAACGAAGAGAAUAAAUUUUUAGUGUAUGCCCUGCUGGAUGAGCAGUCUGAUGCUUCAUUCAUCAAGGAAAGCACUCUGAAUAAAUUGGGAGUUAGUGGACCAUCAGUGUCACUCAAUAUCCACACAAUAAGUGGAAAACAAAUCACUGAUUCUAUCAAAAUUCAUGGACUUAAAGUAAGAGGUUAUAAUGAAGAAGUGGAAAUAUCAGUCCCUUCAGCAUAUUCAACAGAAAACAUUUCAGCUGGACGGAGUCAGAUACCAAGGCCUGAGACUGCUUGUGACUGGCCCCACUUAAAGGCAAUCUCUGACAAACUAAUGAAAUAUGACCCAAACAUUGACAUAGGACUUCUCAUUGGUCUUGAUUGUGCAGAAGCCAUUAUGGCAGAAGAGCAAAUAGCAGGUGAUAGUAAGAAGCAUCCCUAUGCUCGUAGGACAGAGCUAGGUUGGGGGAUCAUUGGUAAAAUCUCACCCCAUUCAAGUCCAUUGGAGGAUACAGUGGUAGUCUACAGAACAGUGACACAAGAAGUAGAAAUCAAUGAAGAAAAGAGGGUUAAUUUCUUAGUGGUUCCUACUAAAACCAAAGAGAUGAUUAAUCCUUCUCAAGUGAGAGAUAUGUUUGAACUUGACUUCAGUGAUAGAAAGUCAGCUGACACUCCAUUAUCAUAUGAAGAUAAAAGGUUUAUGAGUAAGAUGAAAGAAGGAGUACAUCAGCUGAAGGAUGGCCAUUAUGAGUUGCCCCUUCCUCUUAAAGAUGAUAACGUCAAGCUUCCAAACAACAAACUAUUAGCAGAGCAGAGAUUCAAGAAGUUAAGAGGUAAACUUGAGAAGGAUAAUCAACACAAAGGUGAUUACAAAGUGUUCAUGGAUGAUAUGAUUACAAAAGGUUAUGCAGAGGUUGUACCGACAAAGGAUUUAGUUAGGAAUGAUGGUAAGGUCUGGUACAUUCCACAUCAUGGAGUCUAUCAUCCAAGAAAGCCAAAGAAGUUGAGAGUUGUAUUUGACUGUAGUGCAAACUACAGGAACCAGUCAUUAAACAGUCACCUGUUACAAGGCCCAGACCUUACCAACAAACUUAUUGGAGUAUUGUGUAGGUUUAGGCAAGAAAGCAUUGCACUUGUAUGUGAUAUAGAAGCAAUGUACCAUCAAGUGAAAGUCAACCCAGAACACAGAGACAUGUUAAGAUUCCUUUGGUGGGAAAGUGGUGACCUUAAUAAUAAGAUAGCUGAAUACAGGAUGACAGCUCACCUGUUUGGAGCUACUUCAUCUCCAAGUGUAGCCAACUUUGCUCUUAAGAAAGCUGCAGAUGACUACGGGUGUGGAUCUGAUGCAGCCAAGUUUGUAAGAAACAACUUUUAUGUUGAUGAUGGUUUGAAGUCAGUAGCUACAAUGGAUGAAGCUGUCACUCUUAUUCAGCAGAGCAAAGAAUUAUGUUACAAGGGAGGUUUUAACCUUCAUAAGUUCUUGUCAAACAACAAAGAUGUAUUAGCUGCAAUUUCUCCUCAUGAGAGAGCAGAUGGAAUUAAAAGUUUGGAUUUUAGUAAGAAUGAAGACACACUGCCUAUAGAAAGAACUUUGGGAGUUGAGUGGUGCAUAGAAUCUGACACAUUUCAAUUUAGAAUAAAGCUGAAAGACAAGCCACUCACCAGGAGAGGCAUUCUGUCAACAGUGAGCUCUAUAUAUGAUCCAUUAGGUCUAGUGUCACCUCUCAUACUGACUGGAAAGCAAAUUUUACAAGAAUUAUGUAAGAAUGCAGUUGAUUGGGAUGAUGAGGUGCCAGAUUAUGUCAAACCUAAAUGGAUAAAAUGGAAGGAUGAGCUGCACAAACUAGAUCAGUUAAAGGUACCUAGAUGCUACAAACCUGAUGACUUUGGGGAAGUAGAAAAGGUUGAACUCCAUCACUUUUCAGAUGCCUGUCAAGAGGGAUAUGGCCAGUGCUCAUAUAUUAGAUUAAUUAGCAAGAUUGGCCAAAUUCAUUGUGCAUUAGUAAUGGCAAAGUCACGUGUCACACCUCUAAAAACCAUAACAAUUCCCAGACUAGAACUAGCAGCAGCAGUGGUGUCAGUUAGAAUCCAUAAACUCUUGAAGGGAGAACUUGAGUAUAAUAAUGUGGAAGAAGUAUUUUGGACAGACAGCAAAGUAGUCCUUGGUUACAUUGCAAAUGAAGCAAAGAGAUUCCAUGUAUAUGUUGCAAAUAGAGUAGAAACAAUAAGAGAUCACACUUCACCAGAUCAGUGGAAAUUUGUAGAGACACAGUAUAACCCAGCAGAUCAUGCAUCUAGAGGCAUGACAGCAGAUGAAUUGUGUAAUAGCAAGAUCUGGUGGAAUGGCCCAGAAUUCCUUUGGCAACAUAGCAAAAUGGAUAGCCAUUCCCAGUACAAGGUCAUAAAUGAGAAUGAUCCAGAAGUGAAGAAAGUUGUAUGCCAUGCUGUAGGUACACAACAGCCCACAGAUAUACUAGAAAGACUUGAGUAUUUUUCAGAUUGGUUUAAAGCAAAGAGGGCAGUUGCUGUAUGCCUCAAGCUUCUGAACAGCUUCAGAGGAAAAGGUGAUGGCACUACUAAAGUAAAGGGAAACACAUAUAAGCCAGUAAAUGUAGCAGAAGUGUCAGAAGCUGAAAAUGUAAUUAUAAAACAACUGCAAUCAAAGGCAUUCCAAAAGGAAAUAAAUGUACUGAAAUCAUCUGCUAACCAUAAUUCUUUAAUUAAAGGAGACAAUGGCAAGGGAACAAAAGUGAUAGACAAGACCAGUUCCCUCUAUAAGUUAGAUCCCUACAUUGACAAAAAUGGUAUCAUGAGAGUAGGAGGAAGAUUGAGGCUUUCUAAUUUGACAGAUGAAUCCAAACAUCCAGUCAUCCUCCCCAAAACAUCUCACAUAACCCAGCUGAUAAUAUGCCACCAUCACAAAAGGACAAAUCAUCAAGGCAGGGGCAUAACUUUAAAUGAAAUCAGGUCAUGUGGAUACUGGAUAGUAGGAGGAUCAUCCCUAGUAUCAAGGCACAUUUCAAAGUGCAUUAUCUGUCGUAAAGUUAGAAGUACAACACAGGGACAGAAGAUGGCAGACCUGCCUAUUGACAGACUAGAACCAUCACCUCCUUUUACAUACUCAGCAGUAGAUUUCUUUGGCCCUUUCUAUGUCAAAGAGGGGCGUAAAGAGCUUAAAAGAUAUGGAGUGCUCUUUACUUGCAUGGCAUGUAGAGCUGUGCACAUAGAGACAGCCAACAGCAUGGAUACAAGUUCCUUCCUAAGUGCAUACCGUCGCUUUGUAGGACGAAGAGGGCCUGUAAGACAGUUGAGAUGUGACCAGGGAACUAACUUUGUAGGAGCCAAAUCAGAGUAUGAGAAAUGCUUAAAAGAAUUAAAUAACAAUAAAGUCAGACAAGAACUCGUGAAAGAUCAGUGUGACUGGAUUGUUUUUAACAUGAAUGUACCCAAUUCCAGUCACAUGGGAGGUGUUUGGGAGAGGCAGAUACGCACAGUGAGAAAUGUACUCUCUGUGUUGCUUGAUCAGCAUGGUACUCAGUUAGAUGACCAAGAUCUGAGAACCUUCCUAGUUGAAGCAGAAAAUAUAGUUAAUGGUCGUCCCCUAACUGUGGACCAUCUUAACUCCCCAGAAAGUCUUACACCGUUGACACCCAGUAAUUUGUUAACUAUGAAAACAAAGGUAGUACUGCCUCCUCCAAGCAUUUUCAUUAAGAAGGACCUGUACUGCAUAAAGAGAUGGCGCAGAGCACAAUACCUGGCCAACCAGUUCUGGUCCAGGUGGAAAAAGGAGUAUGUGCAAUUCCUACAGCUUAGAAACAAGUGGACAACACCAAAGAGGAAUCUCAGUGUAAAUGACAUAGUUAUCAUCAAAGAUCAGAAUUUAGCAAGGAACCAGUGGAAACUGGGAAGAGUAACAGAAGUAUCUCCUGAUCAUGAUGGCCUAGUAAGAAAGGUUAAGGUCCUGGUUUCAGACUGUAAUCUCGACAACCAGGGAAGACACAUAAAGGCAAACAGGACCAUCAUAGAGAGGCCAAUACAUAGUCUAGUAUUGCUGUUAGAAGGUAAUGCAUAAUAAUAGACCGGAGCAUCCCCGCCAAGGAGCCAGUGUAACAAAACAUAUUAUGUGCUAAUCCUAGUUUUAAGGUACAUACUAAUCUUAAUUUAAGGUAAAUUGUUACACAAUUUAGGGGAGCCAUGUUACUGUGUGUAAAGCGUAUGUACCUCAUGUGAUUAUUCCUCGGCAUAUAUAAGUGAAAUGUUCAAUAGUUUUCUAUUUGCAUGAAAACGUGUAAUAUGUGUAAGUAUCAGUAUUUAAUGCUAUAUUAAGCACCGAAGCCGAUGCUCACUUGUUGGUAGUGUGGGGUUAACCUGCUAGUCGCCUUCGGGCAUCACUCACGGCCAAGUCGCGCUCAGACAAAGACGGGCAGGAUGGUGACCGAGGUAAAUACUUUAAUUUUGUAGUAAAAACUGAUUGUCAUAGUGCUAAGUCAAUUGCAUGUAUUGUUAAUGAAUAUUGUAAUAUGUUGAAAGUGUUUAAUAUCAGUGUAUAAU